AUGCUUGACCGACUCACAGCCACCGUAUUAGGAGCUGGCUCCGGAAAUGAUGACGACUCAGAUAUGGAGGCCAGUACUGACGCCCCAGCUCCAGAGAGCUCAAAGCACUCCGAUUUCAAGCCUGUUGCUGUUGCUCCCAUUCUCCUUCUCUCCGAUGCUCUUCAGGGUUUUUUUGAACGGCCAGGCAUGGUGGAAGCGGUUCAGGAGUGGAAAACAAAAUCACAUUCAGACGAGAAACUGGAGUCAAUCCAGGACGGGGAGAUUUGGAAGACCCAGGAAGCUGCUGACGGAUCACGGUUUUUCUACGACGAGGGAAUAGAUGAAUUACGCAUAGGUGUUUCAUUUGGGAUAGACUGGUUUGGGCGCAAAUCUAGUCACUAUGGUCCAAGCCAUUCCUCCGGUGUUCUCAGCUUUUGUGUCCAGAAUCUGAGUCCAGAACUGAGAUACCGCCCAGAGAAUCUGAUCGUAGUUGGAAUGCCCCCGGGUCCUACCGAGCCUACCUCGCCGCAGCUGCAGAACUACUCAAAGAUUAUAGUCGACGAUCUGAUCAAACUGUUUGAAGACGGAAUCUUGAUAGACAUUCCGGGAAGACCAAAACGGAGGUACCACGUCCGUGUUGCCUUGAUAUCAAUCAUUGCAGAUCAUCCAGCUAUGUGUAAGAUCGCUGGGUUUGCCGAUCAUGGCCACAAGAAUGCUCCCUGCCACAAGUGCAAGGUCUGCAAAGCAGAAAUGUUCACCGCUGCAUCGCUCCAAAAUAAAUUUCCUGGACGAACAAAAGAAGAGCAUAACCAGCUUGCUAAACAAUAUCGCGAUCUUGAGACUGAGGCCGAGAAGGAUGCUUUUUUUAUGGAACAUGGUGUUCGGUGGUCUGAAUUUGUUCGUCUCGAAUACUUUGACAUUAUCCGGUGCACGGUGAUUGAUCCAAUGCACAAUUUACUUCUCGGUGUUGCAAAGACUCAGUGGUACUCAAUCUGGAUCAAGGAGAAAGUUCUACGUCCAGACACAAAUGCGAGGGAGAGGGAACUGCAUUUUAUCCACAACAUUUUAGAGAUGUUUGAAUGUCCAUCCUGGACAGGACAUCUUCCGUUACGGGUUGGCGAGCCUGCCGGUGGAUCCCUCACUGCAGACGAAUAUAAAUUCUCAGUCACCGCGCCCUGGGCCAUCAUAAUCCCAGUGGUGUGGGAUAUAUUCCGUCCAAAGGAGCAUGAACACGCAAAUGAACAGUAUCAGCAGAAAAAGGCAGAAUACGAUUCAGAACUUUGUACAUGGCAGAGGAAAAGGAUAGCUACUCGAGGUGAUCCGCCUCAGCCGCCAUCCGAGCCUGUUUAUCGCAUGAAGAUUGGCGAGGAGGAGAACUUUCUCCGUUUUGCAACUGCGCUGAAGAUUAUAAUUGGCAGCGUUAUCUACAGAGAAAUGAUUCCGAGGGCAUCAUCUCUGCCUCAUUUUUGGCAGCUUUAUGGCGCUGAUAGCAUGAAACCAAACCAUCAUUGGGCCAUCCACAUUCUUGAUCAAAUUCGGGAUUUUGGCCCUGUCUAUUCUUUUUGGGCCUUUUUGACCGAGCGUUUGAAUAAGACGCUCAAGAAUCUGAAUAGCAAUAACUGGGCUGGUGGUCAACUCGAGGUUUCGAUGAUGCGGGAGUUCCAAAGAGGAGUUCAGCUUGAGACGGUUAUGGAGAGAACCAUCAAUUCACCUACCAAAUCAGUACUGGAGAAAGAUUUUGUCCGGAUUCUCUCUGGAAAUAUGAGCAAGGGACCUCGUGGAACUAUUCAGGAUGCUGCUCAAUCCGGCAGUACUUCAGAGAAGGUACAACUGGGCCCGAUCGGAAAGUCUGCCCACCGUGUCAAUAACUCUCUGCAAAAAGCCUUGCUCCAGCUGUAUAAUUGGGAGGAACCACAUGUCCAUUUUGGUUCAGAAGAUAUUGAAGGAACAGAAACUCUACACAUGUACAUUCGGACUUACCAGCAUGCCUUUCUCUCCGGUCGGAAGAUUAUUCCUUGCUCUCUGCAUGGGUAUCCGGUGGGGUCCUCACUGAUCCAGGCAUUAUUUGAUAAUGUCCCCUAUGCGGGUGAGGUGCUCUAUAUUUUCAGCCACCGACAACCAGGUGUCAAUGUCUCGCACAAUGAGAUUUUUGCUGCCGUCCGUUGGAUGGUGCCAUCAAAAUGGAGUCCGCUUGACAACACCAACUUGUGGAGCUCAUUUCCUGAGCUUGGUAUCGAAACCUGGAAAUUCAACAAGUUCUUUGAUUUGGACACGAAUCUUCCACCUAUGAUUAUCCCAUUCAAGAAUAUUCAAUGUCAGGUAUCUCGGUGCAAAGUCACUCAUACGGAUCCUCAUCUUUGGAUUACUACUACAAUGGACCGUUUCAUCACCCCGGCUAUCGCAGCAGGAUUUACGGACGAUAAUGAUUAA